UCUUGUUUGAUCUGUACGGAAAUUCGGUCAAAUUUCAAGUUUCAAAAAAUAAACAAAUUACUUAGAAGGAAAUGGGUAAGAAGUUUUGCUAUUCGGAGCUAGCGACAGCAUGUCAGGCAGAGCCGAGCAUCGAAAAUAAAAGGAGUCAUCGUCAGGGAAAUCGAGACUGCCCAUUGAAGAAGGACCCCGACGCCCAGGAGGAGGAGGUUGAUGAGGACUUUGAGUCCGUGGCCAAGCCCCCACAGAUAAAAGGUGUGCUGGGUAACCUGGCCAACGGCUACUUGAGAUUGGUCCAUCAAAUCCAGGUUCAUCUCAGUCCUCCACCGCCUGUCCCAGUCCAGGUUGAGCAAAAACGAGAGGUUGGUGGCGAGAUUCCCAAGGGUCCAGUGAUCGAAGACGAUAUCUCGCCGUCUUCAGAGGAUGGCACUGGACCGAGUAUUGGCUUUGUGGAUUUAUUCCGGCGCAGUUUUCACUUCGAGUGCCUGGGGAUUCCCCUAACUCCCCUGGAACUGUUCUCUAUGGAGUGUCAGAAGGCAAAAGAACCGAAAGGGAGAAUCCUGGGUGGUUUUCGAAGUGGCCUGGAAGUGGAGGAGCCAGCCAAAAACCCAGAGACAUAUGAUUCUCCUCCAACCCCGAAGGCAAUUGAGAACAUUCGAAAUGAAAGUGAACAUUUGGAAUCGGGAAAGGAUGAUUUUUUGGGCGAUACACAUUUCAACCGGCUUUCAACUGCAGAGCUAGCCCCGUAUUCGCCCAAGUUCCGGAGUCGGUUUCUAGGAAAGUUUCCCCAUGCGAACCUCAGCAAAGAAUCGCCAAAAAGAAGUUCUUCCCAAACUCUAGCCCACUUUCCCGUUUCAUAUUUUAGAUCAGCUCGUAGCUCCUUUUCACCACCGAAAAAUACAGUUGUUCAUUUACCAUCCCAAGAUUCCGUUCAACUCUCGGAUCAAUCGCGAAACCAUAGUCCUAUAAAAACUCGAAGGCGUGUCAAAUUCCCUGCUCAAAGUUCAAACAAAGCUUUGGGAAAACCAAGCAAAGUUCCGAAGAAACCUCAAUCCGGAAGUGGUUUUCAAAGUGGAAAAAAGAAGAGUACUUCACCAGAAAAUCAAAAAAUCUCCAAUUGCUGUGAGCUGCCAAAAAAUACGUGUGAAAUGGAUUUUAGGGGCUCGAACGAACCCAGUUGUUCGUCGAGAGCUUGCCUGUCCAAGAGGAAAGGCACAAACACUAAGGUCAACGUAUCCAAUAUGUGUUUAAGUUCCCGAUGGUUGCCUUGUGGGUCAGAGGGUAAACACUUUCGAGCAGGUCGUUGCCAUAACGUCGUAAUCCAUGGAACCUCAAAAUCUAAAGAUUUGGAGACCAUAUUGCCGCCCAGAAGUUUAAAGGAUUGUCAUAGCAGCGGCAGUGAGGCCUUCCAGAACGAUAAUCAUACAAUAGGCCUCAAGGACAGAAGAACCCCGGAGUCCGUGAAGAGUUCCUCGGUGAAAGAAUCCGAUAGACGACUAAAGGCCCUUCUUAAAAGUGAGCCCACGAAGUCGUGCUUAAGGAAGCCCGCCGAUCCAAUCGAUGAUCCCAAUCCCACACCAGAUCCCGAUCCUGAUGAUACCGAGCAAUUGGUUUCCCUGCACUACAACGAUACCUUCACGGAAGUGUGGAUAAAUUCCGAGCUGGGUAGGGGUCAUCUGGACCAUCGAAAUCAGUGCUUUGGAGGACUCUACAGCCAGGCGGAUAAGCUGAAGUAUCAGCCCUUGGAUCGACUGGACGCAGGCUGUGCGGGCUUGCCGCUUUUCAAGAAGUCCGAUGAAACGCUGGCCAGGACCCAGUACUUUGUGAGCGAGUUCGACAAGCAGAGCCGGGCUGAGAGAAUGCAGGACAUCAAGUUGCGAAUGGGUCAGUUGCGUUGGCUGCAGGCCACAUCGGACCGGGCGUACCGAAAGCACUUUGAGGACCACAAGAUGGCCUUCAAGCCGGUGCUCAGCAACUCGGUGAAGUAUGUGUGUCCCGCGCACAACUGUGGGUGUCCCACCGUGAUGAAUGCCACUCUGUUGGGGCACUUUUUGUCCCAGCACCUAGACGAAUCGGGCAUUGAGCUGCGCGAGAUCUUCGAGGAUCAGCGAGUGCUGAUGAUCUUCAGUCCCAAGAACUUUGACCUUGGCCAGAACACCUGCGUGUCGGUCAUCGUCUACGGCGGGGUUAGGGGCAGGCCCUGCACCUUGCCAGCCGCCAGAUUCAUGCCCACCCGAAACCUGGAGCUGCCGGAGCCCUACCAGCACUUCGACAACCACCUGCCCCUCUUUGUGAUGAUUUGCAGAAACCGGCUGAGCACCCUCGAGGGCCGGCGUAGGAGGGUGCGGUUCGAGGGACUCGACGACGAGGAUGUCCUCGCCCUGUGGAUGGUCAGCAUGGAUCUGCCGCGUCCCGUGCAUGUGCUGAUGACGGUGAUCAACCGGCGUCUGGACAUCACCAGGAGCUCGAUCAUGAAGGUCCGGGGGCUUCACAAGUCGCACAAUUGCCUCGACUUUAUGCCACACAGCCAGCAGUACAUGCGCCUAAGCGAUCGAGACCUGCGGGUCCUGACCAACGAUCACACGGAGCCCAUCUACAUGGAGAUCGCUGUGAAGGAGUACGGCGGUGUUUACCCCUGCCACCUAUUGCACUGAAAACGCAACCCGUUCUCCCAACGAUGUUGUUAACUUCCCAUGGUAGCCUCUGCUUUCCUUUCGAAUUUUGUCUAGCCAAUAAAAUUGAGAAUAAUACGAUAUUCAUCUGGUG